AAAAAUCAAGUGUGUGAACAUUCCAAUGGAGCACUAUAUAUACUACGUAUAUGUAUGUGUUCCAUAGGUAACCAAUUUUGAGAAAUUCUUCUUUCUUUUUUCUACACUUGAACACUUAUUCAUACAACAAAAAUGGCUAAUGAUGAGUUGAUUUUGUUGGAUUUUUGGCCUAGCAUGUUUGGUAUGAGGCUAAGGAUUGCACUUGCUGAAAAAGAGAUUAAAUAUGAGUACAAGGAAGAGGAUUUGUGGAACAAAAGUCCUCUGCUUUUGCAGAUGAAUCCUAUCCACAAGAAAAUCCCUGUUUUGAUUCAUAAUGGAAAGCCAAUUUGUGAGUCUAUUAUUGGAGUUGAGUAUAUUGAGGAAGUUUGGAAGGAUAAAUCCCCUUUGCUCCCUUCUGAUCCUUAUGACAGAGCACAAGCUAGGUUUUGGGCUGAUUACAUUGACAAGAAGUUGUAUUAUUCUGCAAGGAAGAUAUGGGGAGCAAAUGGAGAAGAGCAGGAGGCAGGUAAGAAAGAAUUCAUAGAAUGCCUUAAAGUGUUGGAGGGAGCACUUGGAGAGAAGCCUUACUUUGGAGGAGAUAACUUUGGUUUUGUUGAUAUUGCACUGAUUGGGUUCUACAGCUGGAUUCAUUCUUGUGAGACUUAUGGUAACUUCAGCACAGAAGCUGAGUGUCCAAAGUUUGUGGUUUGGGCCAAGAGGUGCAUGCAGAGGGACAGUGUGGCUAAGUCUUUGCCUGACCAACAUAAGGUCUUUGAGUUUAUACAAAUGCUAAGGCAGAAGUUUGGAAUUGAAUAAACAUAUGCAUAUACAAUUAUGCAUCAUAAUGUAUUGAAUAAAGCACUUCAUUGUGCCUUCUUGAGUUGUUUUUUGAAUUUGGUCAUGGUUUAAAUUCUACUCUUACUUGUCAGAUUUUUGUAUCUUCAGUUGAACUCAUUACUUGUGGCUCGAUGGUUGAUUUGAUGUGUUGUUGGA